CAUGCAGGAGAACUAUGAGAAUGUGACCUCGCUGGGGUUUCCCGUUUCCAGACCUGAUGUGAUCUCCCAGCUGGAACAGGGGGAAGAGCCGUGGAUCCCAGACCUCCAGGGUUCAGGGGAAAGAGAAAUCCUAAGACGUCCCUGCACAGGUGAGGCGAUGGUGAGUGAGAAUGAGGUGCAGAAGUCUCAGCAGGAAGAUGCUGCGCAAGUGGAAUCACAUGGAGCAUUAUCGCAGAGAUCCGAAGGGGAUGUGUCCAGGAGUCAUGAGGAGGGACAAUCCUGUGAGAUUCAGCACAGAGCAGAGAGAGAGCAGGGAAACCAGCCAGGGGAGAAAUUGGAUAAAUUCAUUUGCUCUCAGGGAACUCACAAGGACCUCAAGGAAACCACAGCCCAGCAGAAAAUCCUCAGGAGAACGAAAAAAAAUACCUGCCCCGAGUGUGGGAAAAACUUUAGUCACUGCUCAACCCUUACUAAACAUCGGAGAACACACAGAGCAGAGAGACCCUUUGAAUGCUGUGAGUGCGGGAAAACCUUCAUUUGGCACUCGCACCUUAUUACGCAUCAGAGAAUCCACACCAGAGCGAAACGCUAUGAGUACCGCGAGGGUGGGAAAACCUUCACUCCGAACUCAAACCUUAUUGCACAUCACAGAAUCCACACAGGUGAGAAACCUUAUGAGUGCGGCGAGUGUGGGAAAAACUUCACUCAGAGCUCAGACCUUACUACCCAUCAGAGAAUCCAUACGGGGGAGAGACCCUAUGAAUGCCGUGAGUGUAAGAAAAGCUUCAUUCGACGGUCGCACCUGAUUACGCAUAAGAGAAUCCACACAGGGGAGAGGCCCUAUGAAUGCUGUGAGUGUGGGAAAAGCUUCACUGCCAGCUCAAACCUUAUUCAGCAUCAGAGGAUCCACACAGGGGAGAGGCCCUAUGAAUGCAGCGAGUGUGGGAAAAGUUUCACUCAGAGCUCAGACCUUACUACACAUCAGAGAAUCCAUACGGGGGAGAGACCCUAUGUAUGCUGUGAGUGCGGGAAAAGCUUCAUUCGACGGUCACACCUGAUUACGCAUCAGAGAAUCCACACAGGUGAGAAACCCUAUGAAUGCUGUGAGUGCGGGAAAAGCUUCACUGCCAGUUCAAACCUUAUUCAGCAUCAGAGAAUCCACACAGGGGAGAGGCCAUACCAAUGUUGCGAGUGUGGGAAAAGCUUCACUCAGAGCUCAGAACUUGCUACACAUCAGAGAAUGCACAAGGGUGAGAGACCCUAUGAAUGCUGUGAGUGUGGGACAAAUUUCACUGACCGCUCCGCCUUUCUCAAUCAUCAGCGAAUCCACACCGGAGAGAGACCCUACGUAUGCUUUGAGUGCGGGAAAACCUUCACUCGGAGCUCAAACCUCAUUACACAUCAGAGAAUUCACACAGGUGAGAAACCCUAUGAAUGCAGUGAGUGCGGGAAAAGAUUCACUCACAGCUCAAACCUUAUAACGCAUCAGAGAAUCCACACAGCGGAAAGGCUCUAUCAAUGUGAGUGCGGGAAAAGCUUCACGGAGAGCUCGGCCCUUCUUAAACAUCGGAGAAUCCACGCAGGAGACAAACCCUACAAAUGCUGUGAGUGCGGGAAAACCUUCACUCGGAAGAGCAACCGUGGGCUGUUCCAGCGAAUCCCCACGGCAAAGAGAAAAAACCCAUGCACCGAGUGUGGGAAAAACUUCACUUACCGCUCAGACCUUCUUAUACACGAGAGAAUCCACAUGGGGGAGAGACCCUAUGAGUGCCCUGAGUGCGGGAAACGCUUCAAUCGCAGCUCAACCCUUAUCAGACACCAGAGACUCCACACGGGGCAGAGACCUUACAAAUGCCCCGAGUGCGGGAAACGCUUCCCUCAGCACUCAGCCCUAGUUACCCACCAGAGGAUCCACACCGGGGAGACCCCCUAUCAGUGCUCGGCGUGUGAGAAACGCUUCACUCAGAGCUCAAACCUCAUGGCCCACCAGAGGAUCCACACCGGGGAGCGAGCUUACAAAUGCCGGGACUGUGGGAAAAGCUUCACCGUCAGUUCAAACCUGAUCCGGCAUCAGAGAAUCCACACGGGAGAGACCCCCUACGGAUGCGCCGAGUGCGGGAAAAGCUUCACGGUGAGCUCACACCUUAUUCGACACCAGGGCACCCACACUGGCGAGAACCCUUAUACAUGCGCCGACUGUGGGAGAAGCUUCAAACAGAACUCCAACCUUAUGGCACAUCAGAGAAUUCACACGGGAGACAGACCCUAUAUGUGCACUGAGUGCGGGAAACGCUUCACGCAGAGCUCAGCCCUUAUUAAACACCAGAGGAUCCACAACGGAGACUAACGGGACAAAGAUUUUGCUUCCCGCAGAGUGGCCUUGAAAGGGUGUUUGCACCAUUUGCUCACUGUGGUCUCUCAGGGGAGUCGCUUGCUUUUACAGCUUGGCCUUCGGUAAAUCCCAUGAUCCUUUCUAUCAAGUCUUUUGUCCUAUUAGUCAUGGGAGUGUGUCCCUCUCUUACCCGGAAUGUCUCCCGGUGGGGGAGACAGAGCUGAUCUCAGCUAGACACACUGAAAGCAGAUCUAUCUCGGGUAUCUUGGGGUGAGUCCGAGAGAUUUGCUCUUUCCCCAUCGCCGUCUGGCCCCCGCCCACUCCCUCACUCCGGCAGCAUUAGCUUCUGUCUGACCUACACAGAGUUUGUCCUCCUUACAUACACACAGUCAUUUUAUUUUAAAAAUGACUAACAAACAUAUAGCUUAGAGAAAUAAGAGCGGGGAGGCGAGCUCCACCAAUUGUUUAUCUCACUGCAAUUCAGGGUGCUGGCUCCCAAUGUUUAGUCACCGGAGUUCUUUUAUGUACCUUAGAGGAGACCAGGAUUAAGACCAAGCAAAAUCACCACAAUUAUUAACCAUGGCUAUUUUAUUAUUAAAAAAGGAAACAUCAAAAAAAGCAACACAAAUGACAGCAUACACAUGAUAAACUGAUUAUUUCUGUUACAAUCUCUUUUGUAUGCCUCUCCGUGGAGAGUUUUUAACCCUAUUAG